AUGGCGAUUGGCACAGUUAUAUUAUCCGAUGAGCUCAACCCAGGUCCUCAGAAGAUCCACUGCGUCAUGAUGGUUUUCGUCAGCUGCGUAACAUUUAGCGCUUCGGUGCUGUCGAUUGGACUUGCGACGUUGGACCGCUACAUAGCUAUCGUCCAUCCGUUUCGCUACAACCAGCUGAUGACUCCUAGAGCAGCGAAACUCAUGGUGAUGUCCGUCUGGCUGUAUACAACUGUGGUCGGUUCAGUGGCAGGAGCUCAGGCAUUUACACGUUGGCGCCAUGGAGACUUGUGUCUUAUUGAUAAGAUAACCACUAAGGCGUUCAGCUGGUACGUAGCUUCCAACUACGUGGUCGUGUUACUGUUCAUGACGUACGCCUACAUCGUUAUAGGUCGGGUCAUGGUUGACCACAGCCGACGUGUUGCCGCAGCAACAAAUCAAGCGCAGCUUCAACACCUGUCCAGCCUUGCUGGAACGUUUAAAGCAGCCAAACUCAUUUUGACUGUCGUUGGCGUGUCUUUUCUGCUACUAGGUCCCAAAAUUUUAUACAUGUGUCUGGUCAAGUCAUUUGAGGACACACACUCGCGGUUGCUCUCUACUCUGAACCAGCUACGCCUUUUUGGCAUUCUUGCGAACUUGCUUCUGAACCCUAUCAUGUACUUCAUGAAGUAUGACGAGUUUAAGGAAGCAUUAAGGAAGCUUCUCGGUAGGUACAGAGCAAAUGUUGAACCAGCAACAAGAUUCACUCAGCGCACGGCUGGAAAUGCGUCUCACACAGAUGGACAUGUAUCGGAGUUAGGGCAGCUGCCACGGCACGGAAGACAGGAGACACAGGUAGAGGUCCAAGCAAUAUGCGAUGAUAAACUGAGGACGGGAAGAAGAAGAGAGGUGGCAGAAGCAUUAGAAGAUGUAUACGUCAGGUAA